UCAGCUUACAUGCGUCUCUUGUCACAUGCCUGGCAGUCCCCUUUAGGCCAUGUACCCUUAGGGGAUGAAAGGGAAAGUUGAGCAGGGGGCUGUUCAGUAGGUGCAAGGAUGCCAUUGGAAAAUGUGUCAGACUGCACGUACGGUAUUGCUAGUCUGUCAUGCAUAUUUCCUUCAGAGUCGUAUUCCCUGCUUACCCUCUCAUUGCUGGCAUCAAGUUUCAGAUGACUCAUUUAUGCCCAAACCAGAGAAUGCAGUGACUAUUGCUGUCUCAUCCCGGGUGCUCUUCCGCACAGAGAAAGAGCAAAAGGUGUUUGACCAGAUGGGAAUCGAAGAGUAUCUGCGAUUUCAAGUGGAGCACGAAAACGAGCCGUUUGCCCCGGGGCCAGCGUUCCCAUUUGUCAAGGCACUGGAGGCGGUGAAUGCUCAGCUGCGAAAGCUCUACCCCGAUAGUGAGGAACUCUUUGACAUAGUCCUGGUCACCUAUAAUCACGCCCAAGUGGGGGUUAGACUCAUCAACACCAUCAAUCACCACAACCUGUUCAUUGAACGGUUCUGCAUGACGGGUGGGAGCAGCCCCAUUGGCUACCUGAAGGCAUGGCAGACCAACCUGUACCUAUCAGCAGAUGCUGAAAAGGUGAAAGAGGCCUUGGCUGAGGGCAUUGCAGCAGCCACUAUGUUCAUGCCAGAGAAACAGUUUGAAGUCUCGGAGACACAGCUCAGAGUAGCGUUUGAUGGAGAUGCGGUUCUCUUCUCGGACGAAUCCGAACGCAUCUUUAAAGCUCACGGCCUUGACAAGUUCUUUGAACAUGAGCAUGAAAAUGAGGAUAUCCUUCUAGACCACGGCCCGUUGAAGUGUUUCCUUGAAGCCCUGGGGAAGCUGCAAAAAAAAUUCUAUGCAAAAGGUCACCGCCUUGACUGCCCCAUCCGCACCUACCUGGUCACGGCGCGGUCCGCCGCCAGCUCCGGUAUCCGCGCCCUGAAGACGCUCCGAGCCUGGGGACUCGAGAUGGACGAGGCUUUGUUCCUGGCCGGCGCCCCGAAAGGUCCCAUGCUAGAGAAGAUCCGGCCACACAUCUACUUUGAUGACCAAAUGUUCCACGUGGAAGGGGCAGCUGAAAUGGGCACCAUCGCGGCGCACGUGCCCUAUGGCAUCGCCCAGAAACACCCCCACCAUAAAAACAGUUCAAAAUCAUCUAAGUAGCAGAACGAAAACGGUUGUAGUAGAAGAAACAAGGUUACAUUUUACUUGACGCCAGUGUCAUAUAACGCAUGCCAAGACAAAUCUCAUAACAGUGUCAAAACGGUGUCGUGACACAGUCAUGGAUGAGUCAUAAACAUCAUGUCAAUGUCAUGAACAUUUUUGACACGUCCAUGACGGUGUUAUGACACUGUUAUGUCUGAUAUGUCAGAUGUAUGACGUCGACAUCAAGUUAAGUGUUACCAAAAAAAAGCCACACAAUGGAUAAGCCAUUACACAAACCCACCAUCCUGAAUAUGGGGAAAGAAAGUUUGAAGAAAAAAAAGCACACUGUUAAGGUGACUGAAAUCAAAAUAUGUUUUUUUUAAACGAAAUAUAUCAAAAUCAUCCACUCUUUUUGAGGAUGACCUAAACUCAGAAUUUGGAAGUGAGAAUUCCGGCCAAUUUCAACAUGCGGUUGUAUUCAGUGCUUAAUUUGUCAAGCGGGAGGUCCCGGAGCGCAGAGGAUGGGUGGCUCCCCCCCGAGGUGGGGUCUGUGAUGUCUUUACCUGAGGUUCUAUCCAAGGUUCCGGAGCUCUCGUCUGAGGUUCCUGAGCUAGCUCCCCCUUGCUCCCCCUCAAAUUAAGCACUGGUUGUAUUAUUCAUGUCAGUACCCAGUGACGUGGCUCUUUUUGCUCAGCCCUUUCUGAGAUCCUGCCCAUUCUAAUGAGGGCAUGAUUUGUUUUAAAACAGUUUUAAGUGUCCUAACAUACUCCAAAUAUCAUAGCAAAAGUGGGGAUGGUUUUUGGUGUAUUUCAAGAUUUUUUUAAAUAUUAUUUUUAUGUAAAAAAAAAGCAUGCUCCCAUUAGAAUGAUCAGGAUUCCAGAAAAGGACUGAACAAAAAAUGUGCAUCAUCAGACACUGCCAAGUCAAGAGUAUAGUGUGACCAAUUCAACUGCAUGUUGAGAUUGUCCAGAAUUCUCCUUAAGGGUUUCCACCUUGUCAAUGUUGUUUGUUUUGCCAAACCAAAAUUAUGUGGCAGUACUGUAUUGUGACACUUAAUUAAUUUAGUUUUUGGUGUUAUUCUAAUGAAAAACUACAAUGGAUUGACCCCACGGUGGAGUCAAAGAUACAGCACUUAUUUCGUGCAAAUAAACAUGGGCAGCUGAUCGGUGCAAAGUGCCUGUAUAUUCAAUGAAGUGCUACAGUCAGGGCCGGCCCAAGCAUUUAUGGGGGCCCUAAGCAAAAUUUCAUCCAGGGCCCCCAUACCACAGCCUACUAAGCUUCAGAUACUACAUAAGCUUCAUUUACUUGCAUGAGUGCGGGGUAGGAGCUAAGGACAUAGGUAGGCUGCCUGUAGAUCAUGUACCCAUCAUGUACUGCACUUCUUGGAGUAAAAUUUCUCAAACAGAAAGCCAUUAAUUACAAAGGAAUAUUUUCAUUUCGUUUCAAAAUUAUUACUCUUCAUUAUAUUUUGCAUUUCUUGUAGGGUUUUUACAAUUGAAAGUGGUACAUGAAAAAUGCAUCCUGUACUCACAGUCAUUGAGGUGUCCCCCUAUAUAUAAUGGCUCCUGUUUCCAUUUGGUAGUAAUUGGUACAUGAGACAGAAAUAUAUGACUAGGGAAAAUGGUGGAGAGUUAAUUUCUUCCUGGAACUUUGCUGCUCACAAGGGCCCCUGGUGGCGUGGGGGCCCUAAGCCAUGGGAUAGUUUGCUUAUGCCUCGGGCCGGCCCUGGCUACAGUACUACCCCAAUCUCUUCAUAUUUAUCUCUUCAUACAGAGUCUGACAGCUGUGAGAUGUUAUUGUGUUUAAGUGUUGUACUACUACUGUACUGUAUGAUUUUUAAAAUCAUAGUGCUUUAUUUUUACAUUGAAGUAGAGAAUGAAUAAAACAUGAAAAGCUA